AUGGUCAAGGAGACCAAGUUCUACGACCUGCUCGGCGUCACUCCCGGCGCCAGCGAUGCUGAGCUCAAGAAGGCAUACCGAAAGAAGGCGCUCCAGGCGCAUCCCGACAAGGGCGGCGACCCCGAGGUGUUCAAGUCCAUCACUGCCGCAUACGAGGUCCUGUCCGACGCCGACAAGCGUGACCUGUACGACCGAUUCGGAGAGGCCGGCCUCGAGGGAGGUGGAGGCAUGGGCGGUGGCAUGGACCCGCAGGACCUGUUUUCGCAGCUGUUCGGCGGCGGAGGUGGCGGCUUCUUUGGCGGCGGAGGUGGACGGCCGCGCGGCCCGAGAAAGGGCAAGGACCUCGUCCACCGCGUCAAGGUGUCGCUCGAGGAGCUCUACGCCGGCAAGGUGACCAAGCUGGCGCUGCAGAAGCACGUGCUGUGCAAGAAGUGCGACGGCCGCGGCGGCAAGGAGGGCGCCGUCAAGACGUGCAACGGCUGCAACGGCCAGGGCAUCAAGGUGGUGCUGCGCCAGCUCGGCCCGAUGGUCCAGCAGAUGCAGCAGACGUGUCCCGACUGCCAGGGCGCCGGCGAGCAGAUCAACCAGAAGGACAAGUGCAAGGAGUGCAACGGCAAGAAGAUUACCCAGGAGCGCAAGGUGCUCGAGGUGCGGAUCGACAAGGGCAUGGAGGACGGCCAGCAGAUCACGUUCAAGGAGGAGGCCGACCAGGCGCCCAACACGAUCCCCGGCGACGUCGUCAUCGUUAUUGACGAGAAGCCCCACCCGCGCUUCAAGCGCAGGAAGAACGACCUCUUCAUCGACGUCGAGGUCGACCUGCUGACGGCGCUGGCGGGCGGCAAGAUUCUCAUCGAGCACCUCGACGACCACGCACUCUCGGUCGAGAUCCCCGCCGGCGAGGUCAUCAAGCCCGGCUCGAUCAAGGUGCUCCGUGGACAGGGCAUGCCCUCGUACCGCCACCACGAGAUGGGCGACCUCUACGUCAACCUCACCGUCGCCUUCCCGGACUCGCUGCCCGAGUCGAGCUUCGCGCUCCUCGAGCAGGCGCUGCCCGCGCGACGCGCGCUGCCCAAGACCAAGAAGGAGGUCGACGUCGAGGACGUCAUCAUGGACGAGGUCGACGAGCGCGAGGCACGGUCCGCCAAGACCAACGGCGGCGCCCACGGCAUGCACGCUGGCGACGAUGACGACGAGGACGGCGGCGCAGGCCCCCAGGUCCAGUGCGCCCAGUCCUAG